AUGGCCAAUAAUGAUGAUAAUUUUCUUUCAAGUCCUUUAUCCUCUGGAACAGCUAAAUUGGAAUCUUUGUUAUUUUUCCUAAUUGAAAGGAUCUCGCGUGAAUUCCGUUUUCCUGAGCCUUCAUUACAAGAAUUUUGUGAUGAAAUUUCAAAUUUACAAACACCCAAUGAUUCUAUUAAAUUAAAGGAGGUUUUAUUAAAAAAGAAUUAUAUGCAAAAUGUGAUGCCUUUUCAUAUCUACAUUAUAUUAUCACUAAUCUCCACAGUAAAAUAUGGCGGUGUUGUACCUGAAGAAAUUGAAAGGAAGAUUCGAAUGAUAAAUGAGCAGAUGCCAGAACUUUCUGCAGUGCAUUAUAUUGAAUUUGGCCAUAAAGAACAAGCUAUAUUGGCAAUCAAAGAAGCAAUUGAAAUGGCACGUGAUUGUAAUGAUCAAGAAUGUUUACGUUUUGCAUUAAGUUGGUUGUAUCGAUUAAAAGCAACUGAUCAGAUACCAAUUGACAAUGUUGGACCAACUGAACAACAAUUGCUUGAUUCACUUAUACUUAAAGCUAAAAAAACAAAUUAUAUAUACUCGCACGUUUUAGGAGAACUUGGAAGCGCACAACGUCAAGUUCAAUUGGGUUCAUCACCUGCAGAAGUUUUUGAUUCAUUAUUUAAAAGCCAUGUUUUAAACUCUAAUUGUCAAACCAAAACUAUGAGAUAUCAAGAAAAAUUGUUAAAUUCAAAUAUAUGGAGUAGCUCAAUUUUAUCAUUUUUAUAUUCCCAUUGUGUGAAAGAGGGUAAAAAUCCUAAUACAGAAGAUCUUUUAACAUCAAUAUGUCAAUUAGCAGAUCAACAUGCUUCAAAUGGCAAUUACUCGGAGGCAAUAAAACUUCUUUCUAAACGUAAGGGUGAUUUUCUUAGGGUACGCAAAUUGUCAAUACUUUGGAAUCUCUGUUUAGAAAAAGUUUUAUAUCAAAAAAGCUUUGAAAGACAAGAAAUAGCAAACAUUAAAGCACUAAAGACUCAAAUUCGUGCUAUCUGUCAUAAUGAUGAGCAUUUUCGUGUAGACUUUGAAUUUAAUCAUGCUGCAUAUUUGGCUAAAAUAGAUAGAACAAAUGAGGCAGUAAAUUUGCUUUGGAAUUUGACAGAAAACAGUUCCAAGAUUGGUUCUACAAAUCAAAUGUUGUCCUCGAAUUACCUGUUAAAAAUUGCCGAAAUUCAAAUAGAAGCAGAAAAUCCAAUAUCAGCACUUCCAUGUGUUUUAAAAUCAUUAUGCCUUAGUGAAAGAUUUCAUUAUCAAAGAAGCUUUUUCUUGGCAAUAUUACGGCUUGCACAGAUACUAAUCCAUUUUAAUUUACCAAAUAAAGCCAAAACUAUGAUUGAGAAUAUUAUGCAUUUGAUUCUUGCCGAUCAUACAUUAUAUUUACAAUCACUCGGAAAUUUUAUUUAUGCACAAUCUAUGAUUGCAUGCAUAAGUCAAAAUAUGAAUGCUAACGGUGAGCAAUCUAUUAGUUGGGAUGAAGUUUUGUUACCAUUAGAAGAUGCAAAAAUAGGAUUCAAACAUUUAGAAUCAAUAUCUGAAUUACUUAAAGUUCUUCAAUUGCUGUCCUAUAUAUAUAAUAUUAAAGGUGAUUUGGUUUCUCGUGACAAGGUUGCCGAGGAAUUUAAAAAGUUAUAUUUGUUAAAUGAAUCAAAUAAGUACUUUGUAUUUAUAGCAAAUCAAAUCAAUAUAACAGCUUCAGAAUUCCAAAAGACGCAAGAUUGUAAUCAUCCAUUAGAACCAAGUUCAAAAAUAUCCAAUAAAUCAAUUAACUUAAAUCAAAAGACACCAAACCAUCAACAAAAACAAGAAUAUCAACAGUUGUGUGUAAAAAUAACAAAUUUAACAGAGGCAUAUAUAUUAUACGAGAGACCACUACAAUUAGUUCAUUUUAUUAGAAAAUUAUUGCAAGAAGUGAGACCAUCUAAUCAACCUACAACAAAAAUCACGAUGGCUUAA